AUUACGUCAAAGUACCAAAUUAGGUUCUGCUAUAUAUAUCCCUCUAACCCUUAUCACUCAUUCUCACUUUGCUCCCAUACACUCUUCUCUCUUACUUGCGGCUAGGGUUUUUCGCGCAUCUAGCUCUUCCAAGAUCUUUGUUCGGAAUCAUGGGUAAAGAGAAGACUCACAUCAACAUUGUGGUCAUUGGCCACGUCGACUCAGGAAAGUCGACCACCACUGGUCACUUGAUCUACAAGUUGGGAGGUAUUGACAAGCGUGUGAUCGAAAGAUUCGAGAAGGAAGCUGCUGAGAUGAACAAGAGGUCCUUCAAGUAUGCCUGGGUGCUCGACAAGCUCAAGGCCGAGCGUGAAAGAGGUAUCACCAUCGAUAUUGCCUUGUGGAAGUUCGAGACUACCAAAUACUACUGCACUGUCAUUGAUGCUCCCGGACACAGGGAUUUCAUCAAGAACAUGAUUACUGGAACUUCCCAGGCCGACUGUGCCGUUCUCAUCAUCGAUUCCACCACUGGUGGUUUUGAAGCUGGUAUCUCGAAGGAUGGUCAGACCCGUGAGCACGCUCUCCUUGCUUUCACCCUUGGUGUCAAGCAGAUGAUUUGCUGUUGCAACAAGAUGGAUGCCACCACACCCAAGUACUCCAAGGCCCGUUAUGAUGAAAUCGUGAAGGAAGUCUCAUCCUACUUGAAGAAGGUCGGAUACAACCCAGACAAAAUCGCAUUUGUUCCCAUCUCUGGUUUUGAGGGAGACAACAUGAUUGAGAGGUCUACAAACCUCGACUGGUACAAGGGACCUACCCUUCUUGAGGCCCUUGACCAGAUCAAUGAGCCAAAGAGGCCAUCAGACAAGCCCCUCCGUCUGCCUCUUCAGGAUGUGUACAAGAUUGGAGGUAUUGGAACUGUGCCAGUGGGACGUGUUGAGACAGGUGUCUUGAAGCCUGGUAUGGUUGUGACCUUUGGACCUACUGGACUGACAACUGAAGUUAAGUCUGUUGAGAUGCACCACGAAGCUCUUACAGAGGCCCUCCCCGGUGACAAUGUUGGGUUCAACGUCAAGAAUGUUGCAGUGAAGGAUCUUAAGCGUGGUUUUGUUGCCUCAAACUCCAAGGAUGACCCUGCCAAGGAGGCCGCUAACUUCACCUCCCAAGUCAUCAUUAUGAACCACCCUGGCCAGAUCGGAAAUGGCUAUGCCCCAGUGCUUGAUUGCCACACCUCCCACAUUGCUGUCAAGUUUGCCGAGCUUGUGACCAAGAUUGACAGGCGAUCUGGUAAGGAGCUUGAGAAGGAGCCCAAGUUCUUGAAGAAUGGUGAUGCAGGUCUUGUUAAGAUGAUUCCCACCAAGCCCAUGGUUGUGGAAACCUUCUCUGAGUACCCACCUCUUGGUCGUUUUGCCGUCAGGGACAUGCGUCAAACUGUGGCUGUGGGAGUUAUCAAGAAUGUGGAGAAGAAGGACGCUACCGGAGCCAAGGUCACCAAGGCUGCCCAGAAGAAGAAGUGAAUAUUGCAGGGUUGUUCAUCUGUUCAAGGGUACCAGCAUCAUCUCUUCAAUAAGUAUUUAUCCCUUGUUCGAAGCUUCUGUUCUCCUUGUUUAGGAAGCGUGUUGGUCGGAACUAGUUACAGGUCUCCACCGUCGUCCCGCAACUUUUGUUCCCAGAACUGGGUUCUUGAUCGACGGUGGCAAGAUGAGGCUUUUUUGAUUUUGUUAUGAAUUUUAUUUUCUGCGGACUUUUAUAUUUUUAUGGUCUUUCUGAGGAUACUUUAAAUUUUGUGUAAACUGUGCAGUGAAUUUUAGGAUUAGUCCUACACUGCUUAUUUGUAUUUUAAAUACCAACUCUUAAUUAUGUUUUAUUGUGUUUAA